GAGAGACAUAUUUUGGGAGAGAGAUCAUGAGAGUUUGUGUGCAUUGGAUCCUUCACCAAUUAAUACUACUGUUUGAAAACCUCCUCUCAUCAUAACUACCAUUUCUCCUCCUCUCUCUACUUUAUGCUUCUAAAGAGAAAACCUCCAAAAAAAAUUCAGCGAAAAUAAUCAAUUAAAGAAAAAGAAAAGAUGGUGAUCUGAUUAUUACAUUUCAUGUAGGAUUUCUCUAACAACCCAUCAUUUCCUCUUCUUGACACCCCCAAACCCCCACCCCACCCCUUCAUUUCAUGUGCCAGAUGUUGAGCAGUUUUCAUACUUGAGGAUGUCAAGUACAAAGUUUGUCCUCAUCAAAGAAGAGCAAAAGGAGAUUAAAUUCGAUAUUCUUUCAAAAUCUAAGGUCGAAGAUCCAUGUUCUACACAUGAUAAUGUAACAAAACAAGAAGAUGAUGAUGCUGAUCAUAAAGAGGAAGAAAUUGAGGUAAUAUAUUCUGCAAGAGAAUCUGAAAAGCCAUGUUUAGCACAGUCCGAGGUAGGAGAAUACGAUGAAGGGUUCAAAACUCCAACGUCUUUGGAUAACAAAAUCCCUGUGGUUACGCAGUGCCCGGCAGCACCAAGAAAAACCAGACCAUCAACAAAAAGAAAACCAUCGCCAGCAGGAAUCUGUAGGAGCCUCCAGCUCGAUGUGUCGGCCGAGAUCGAAUCAAUGUUCCCUUCAAGGCCUCGAGAUGAUAAUGAACACAAAAUCAAGAAAGCUCGAAGAGAUGACGCUGAAUAAAUGUUUGUCACCUACACCUAGAGCCUAGAACUACCUCUCUAUAUAGUAAGAAAAUUUAUUGUAAAAAUUAUGGGGUUCUUUAUCGUAAUGCUGAUGGUGUUCUUCAUUAUGUUGAACAUAUAAACGUAUUUUUAUUGAAAUAGAAAAUCAUUAAAUCUA